AUGGGGAAUUUAGGAGGUAUGGGGAAUCUCGGAGGUAUGGGAAACUUGGGGGGUAUGGGGAAUUUGGGAGGCAUGGGAAAUCUAGGAGGUGGGAUGAACAAACCUGCUGCCGGUAUGGGUGGUGGCAUGGGCGGCGGCGGAAGUGGCAGCAUGGGUAGCGGCAUGGGUGGCGGCAUGGGUGGUGGGAUGGGCGGCGGCAUGGGCGGCGGCAUGGGUUCGUUUGGCAAAGGCAUGGCCGGCAGCGGCAGCAGCGGCGGGAGUCGCGGCGCGAGUACCGGUCUUUCCAACAACGCGUUCGCGGGGCUGGGAGUGGCGGAUUUCGGGCUCGGCGGCGGAAGCGGAGCGGGGAGCAAGAGCGGCGCGGGCGCAAGCUCGUCCAGUCGCGGCCCAACCCCCACGAGAUCCGGACAUUCUGGACGAUCGUCGCCGUCCGUGACCGAGGACCUCUCGUCAGGAUCUACCGGCGGCGGCGGCGGCGGCGGGGUGGCGGCGACAGCGUCGGCGUUUGACGAGCUGAUGAGCCAGGGGUUCGAGAUGCCGCAUUCGUCGUCGUCUGCGACGUCGUCGGCGAAAGAUCGUCGCGAUCCGUCGCCGGUGCCUCCUGCUCACGCGGACGACGAUCUGCUGGCGGGAUUCGGCAGUUCCGCAAAGCCCACGAGCACCGCUGGGGGUUUAUUCCCCGAAGAGGGAGGGCCCUCGCCCAUGCCCUCGCACUCCUCCUCUGCUGCGCCCGCUGCUGCUGACCCGUUUGGAGUCGACCCGUUAUUCGGUACAGCCGCCCCUGCUUCUGCUGCUGCUACUGCUGCUGUUCCCGACCCUUUUGAUGCGUUUGCCAUGCCUACUGCUGGAAGCGGCUCGGGAGGCUCGGGAUUAGGUAUGGAUGGGGGGGUUCCGACACAGGGCAGCGGUUUGGGAGACCAGGGCGCAGGUCCGGAUAUCGGUCUGGGUGACUUUGAGACAUUCGUUCAGCAGGUUCCCGUGCCUGAGGUUCGGGAAGAGCCCCGGGAGGAGGCUCGGAAGGCGAGGAGGGAGGAUAGUGGGGAGGCGAGGGAAAGGGAGAGGGAGAGAGAACGGGCUAAGGAGAGGGAAAGGGAGAAGGAGAAGGAAAUUGAGAGGGAAAGGCAGAGGGAGAGAGAGGAGAGGGAGAGAGCGAAGAGAGGAAGUGACGGAUCAGCAGGAGGGGCUGGAGUGGGUGGAGAUCGGUGGAUUACGGUUGAUGAGGUUAUCCUGCGAACCAACCCCAGCAGCACCCCGCCUCCGCCCUCCCGCCCACCUCCCGCCACACCCCGUCGUCCCCGCUCCAGUGCUCCCUCUUACGGUGCUACUGGCGGUGGUGGUGCUGCUGCUGGUGCUGCUGGUGGUGAUGGUCCCAUGCCCAGGAAAAUGAGCUUUGAGAAUGCUGGGGAGGGAGGGGCAGCAGGGGCGGGCGGGCGCGGGUCAGGCGGGAGGGGCGGAGGGGAGGAAGCAGGAGGGAGAAGGCAGCAGUCGGAGCAGAGAGGCGGAGGAGGAGGUGGUUUGGAUGGGUUUGAUGAGUUUGCUGCCGGUGGUGGCGGGAGGGGAGGCGGGGAGGAGGAGGAGGAGAGGGGGGCCCCGCCGAGGAGGCGGAGGGCGGGAGCAGCGGCCAAUGGGGAGGCGCCAGGUGGCGGGUAUGCGCCGCCGUCGGAUUCGGCGUCAGCAGCGGCGGCGUCCAAGCAGCGCCACCAAAACAGCAGCCUUCUUCAGCCGACGAUUGGGCUGACAUUCUCGGUGCGUUCCUUACAUUCUCGGUAUGUUCCUCUCGUAAUUGGUGCAUUCCCAUCGUCCUGUUCUUCCCUCUUCCGCCCCCUCUCUUCCCCUACCCAUGUACCCCUCCCCCACUUUCCCCCUUCCCCCUUCCCUCUUCUCCUUUCCCUCUCUUGCUUCUCAUCUCUUCAUGUCCUUCUCUUCCGUUUCCAUCUCGUUCCUUUCUUUCCUUUCUGUUACUCUCUCUUCCUUUCCCUCUCUCAUCUCCCUCUCUUCCUUUUCCCAUUUUCCCACUCCCUCUGUCCCUCCCCGUCCGCUCCUCUCCUCCUCAUCCUCUGCUUCUCACAGCAUCUUUUUCUACCUCACGAUCAAUACUUUACCUUCUCUUGUUCCCUUCUAUUCCCAAACCCAUUCUAUCCCCUCCUCUCUCUUCUCCCUACCUCUGCUCCAACUCCACCUCAUCCGUUCCCCCUCACGCAUCCCCUUCUCAUGAGCACCACAGGGGGAGGCGGGGGAGGGGGAGGAGGCGGCGGAGGGGCAGCAGCAGGCGCGCGGGCAAGUGGGGGAAGUCGGCUGGACGAGUUUCAGGAGGUGGAGGGGGAGAGUGAGGAGCGGCGGCAGCUGCGAUAUGAGCGGUUUCAACGCCUGCAGGAGAGAGCGGCGGCAGCGCUGGAUGAGAAGAAGAAGCGAGACAUGGACGUGCUAAAGGAGCAGGAGGACAGACACAAAGCUGGGGAGAUGCUGGAUAUUGAGAUCAAGCGGUGGGCGGCAGGCAAGGAGGGCAAUCUGCGCGCGCUGCUCUCCACACUGCAGUUUGUGCUGUGGCCGGAGUGCAAGUGGGAGCCAGUGGCGCUGACGGACAUCAUCAGUGCUGCAGCAGUGAAGAAGGCGUACCGCAAGGCAGCGCUGUGUGUGCAUCCGGACAAGGUGCAGCAGAAGGGCGCUACAGUGCAGCAAAAGUACAUUGCUGAGAAAGUGUUUGACCUGCUCAAGGAGGCUUUCAACAAGUUCAACUCGGAGGAGCUGUUUUAA